AUGAGCUCCUCUUCCGUCCAAAUUCAGCCCCCGCCGACCGGGACAGCUGGUAAAGGGGUUGGUUCGCACUCUUCCGCCGGAUCCAGUCCGGGAUCCAUCAGCUUCGACAUUGUCCGCUGCUCCCGAUGCCAGCGCUCCAUGAGUCUCGGGAACGAAUCCUCCUCCCCCGGCGUUGUUCGAUUCGGAAUGAAUUCCUACUACUGCAGUCGGUGUGCCUCUAUGGUAGGCUUCAUCCGCUGA